AUGACAAAAAUAAAAAAAUUAGUUCCAUAUGAUUGUGACAUCUCGAAGUCAGAAGGAUCAAACAUAUUUGAAAAGAUAGAAGAAUCUUGGCAGAUAUGUGUUAUUGAUAAUUACCAAAUUCAACAAUAUCCGAUAAUCCGAAAUAUUAUGCUUAUCAUGCUUGUUGUAAGCUCAGCAGAUGGUAGCAUCGCCGUAGGGAAACAUACAACAGUUCGACUGCAAAUAUCGUGCGCCUUAAAACAUAGCCUCUGCAGAAUAGAUUCAAAUGUAUACAUUUAUGGUUUGUUUACUCUUAACGAUGAUCCAAUUGAGUUAUGA